CUUUUUUCUCUCCCCCCCCCUUCCGCCCUGUGUAUCGAAGCCAGCCCCCCGUACGAGGACCAGCACGCUCGCCCCGUCUCCACGCUUGCCACCGUUUGCUCGACGACGUUCUUGCCGUUGCUUUUGGCCACUGCAAAGAUUCAUCGGGCCGGCGCGUUGCUGUGUUGUGCGUGUCGUGUUGUGUCGUAUCGUGUCCUGUGCUGUGCCCGGUGCCGCACGGAGAGGCCGGAGAGGGACUUGUUCGGCCGUAUUGCUCGGGGUGAAAGCACGGAGAGCGUUCCGAAGAAUCUCGUCCACGACUGACCGACCAAUCCGGCGACGAAGAACGAGACGAACGAAACGGCAUCGUCACAACCCUCGUGCCCCCCUCGAACCGGUGACACAAGCAUAUCAUCGCCACCUUAUACGUACAGCCGCGUCGACUCGUGGGCAACUGCAUCCUUCUUGCAGGCCGCCCGCUGCAUCGAAUAGCUUGUCGACGUUACCGCCCAGGUUUCGAUUAGGACCGCUACCUUGCCUCGCGCCUGCUACCAGCUGCUCCUGCGAUUCACCCGCCUCGGAGACAUGCCCCGCAAACUGGCAAACCCCUUCUCGACCUCUUCCGCCAUGCCCCAGUCCGAAAAGACGGGAGAGAGACGCCCCUCCACCUCCAAGGGCAACCGCCUCGCCCAGCUCUUUUCCUCCAGCCCCAAGUCCAAGGAGCACACGGCCGCCCAGCAGGCGCUGCUCGCCAUGCAGCAACAGCAGCAGCAACAGCAGCAGCAACAGCAGCAGCAGCAGCAGGCGCUCAAUGGCGCCGCCUCAUCCACCAUCACCCCGCCGUCUGUUUCCUUGCCCACCAUCUCUCUGUCCACGGCCGUCGCCGGCGACCACAACGUCGAGCCACCCACCACGACGCUCUUCAAGCCCCAGUCGGCCGAGGAAAUGGACCACCGCAGGCGCGUCGACGCCCAGUUCGGCCCCCUCAUCCAUCCGAGUCACCUAUAUAUUAGCAAAUCCCACGGCGAACCCCUCGCCGCCCCCAUCGAGGACGAGCCCCCGUAUUAUUUCCUCCUCACAACCUACGUCAGCUACCUGCUUCUCAUUCUGCUCGGCCACAUCCGCGACUUCUUCGGCAAGCGAUUUGGCGACAAGAAGGUGUACAAUCCUCUCAAGGUUCAGAAUGGAUACGCGCCGCUCAACGACGACUUUGACAGCUUCUACACCCGCAGGCUGAAGAUGAGGCUCGACGACUGCUUCGCUCGCACCACCGUCGGGGUGCCGGGCCGAUACAUCACCCUCCUGGACCGCAAGUCGGACGACUUCAACCGCCACUACCAGUACACCGGCACCUAUACCGAGACGCUCAAUAUGAGCUCGUACAACUACCUCGGCUUCGCACAGUCCGAGGGACCCUGCGCAGAUGCCGUCGAGGAGUGCGUCAAGCGAUAUGGAAUCAGCUUCUGCAGCCCGCGCAACGACGCUGGCACGACGGAUCUGGCCCUCGAGGUCGAGCGCGAGGUUGCCAACUUUGUCGGCAAGCCCGACGCCAUGGUCUUCUCCAUGGGCUACGUCACCAACGCCAGCUCCUUCCCGGCGCUGGUCUCCAAGGGCUGCCUCAUCAUCUCCGACGAGCUGAACCACGCCUCCAUUCGCAUCGGCGCGCGUCUCUCCAACGCCGUCAUCCAAUCCUUCAAGCACAACGACAUGUGCGAUCUCGAAAAGGUGCUCCGUGAGGCCAUCUCCCAGGGCCAGCCUCGAACGCACCGGCCCUGGAAGAAGAUUCUGGUCGUCGUGGAGGGUCUGUACUCGAUGGAGGGCAGCAUGUGCGACCUGCCCGGCAUCCUGGCGCUCAAGAAAAAGUACAAGUUUUACCUGUUCGUCGACGAGGCUCACUCCAUCGGCGCGCUGGGCCCGCGUGGCCGAGGUGUCUGCGACUACUUUGGCAUUGACCCGGCCGAGGUGGACAUUCUCAUGGGAACGCUGACCAAGUCUUUUGGCGCCAACGGCGGCUACAUCGCCGCGGACAAGCACAUCAUCGACAAGCUCAGGGCCACGAAUGCGAGCACGCUAUACGGCGAGUCGCCCACCCCGAGCGUGCUCAUGCAGAUCCUAGCCUCUCUCAAGCUCAUCACCGGCGAGCUCUGCCCGGGUCAGGGCGAGGAGCGCCUACAGCGCAUUGCCUUCAACUCCCGCUAUCUCCGCCUCGGACUCAAGCGCCUCGGGUACAUUGUGUACGGCCAUGACGACUCCCCCAUCAUCCCGGUCAUGCUCUAUAACCCGGGAAAGAUGCCGGCCUUUAGCCACGAGAUGUUGAAGCGCAAAAUUUCCGUCGUCGUGGUCGGCUACCCGGCCACACCCCUUAUUAGCUCUCGCGCUCGCUUCUGCAUCUCGGCUGCGCACAACAAGGACGACCUGGACAGGCUGCUGGCGGCGUGCGACGAGGUGGCGGACCUGCUGCAGCUCAAGUUCUCUACCGGCGUGGCCGGAGGCCUGGAGCCGCUCCCUGCCGGCGUCGAUGCCAAGCAUGAACGCGAGUGGAGGGCCGCCAACGGGGUGCCCAUCCAGCCGCCUCGAUGGCGCCUCGAGGACAUCAUCCAGCGAGGCGUUCAGGAUGCUAAGCUUCCGCUGCGGUAACUGGUUUAGCCGAAUAAAUGGCGACAUCGAUUUGGAUGCGUCGUUUUGACGACGAUGACGCACGAAACGGACAACGGGCUGGGUGUUUGGGGCGCAUCUCUGAAUAGACUGUUGGCCCUUGCUGCAAGGGCUGCAAGCAUUGAUCAGCAUCAUCAUCAUCCUCUUCUUUUCUAGUCUCAUUCUUGAAACUGUUUGCUUCUGCUGGCAAACAGCGCCGAUCGGGCCAUGCCCGAGGAGGCACUUGCCCUAUACAUACAGGCUUUAUUUGCAUUAUGGUACCUGGCGGAUAAUACUGGGCGGGAGCCCCUGGGAACGAGGCGGAGCAGGCCAGGUCCUCGUGGCUCCUUGCGAAGACGACUGCUUGUGACGGAUCAUGUGGCGGUAAUGAUUGGAAACUCGAGCCUGGAAGCCCGCCGCGGCGGUGACGAUGAUGAGGGUGGACUGGUUGGCGGUACAUAGGAAAUAGCAUCGCACGAAGUGCAUAUAUACACACUCUCAACCUAAGAUCACAAAUGAAGAGACUCGAGC